AUGCCGGAUCGCGGAGAUGAGGGCGUCUCCGAGCCACACACUACGGGACGCCAAACAAUCCUAAGGCGAAGGGAAUUUAGUCGUCACCACAGAGAACAAUCAAACAAUCAUGGUCAAGCUUCCGCCAUGCGAAGAACAAAUGCGCUGUUCUUUGCAGCUUCGAAAUGCGCAAAGCUCCAUGCUACACGUCGUUUGUGGUCUGAACCAAUUGUUAGAAUUACCAAUGGCACUUUCUACCGUCAGCAUCCUUCAUCCAAACCAGCAUCGGGCCAGGAUGUAGCCCCGAAUCCAGCACUAUUUUCCAACCUGGACUUGAGUUUGCCUUCAUUCUCAACGCCAAGCCAACACUGGGCAAUUCUCUCGCCUUCAUCGAACAUCAGGACAGCAUUCCUCCAAGUCCUUCGUGGACAACUUCUUUGCUUUCCACCCACAGCUCGUACAUACCCUUAUCUUCUAUCUGACGAAGUGGGAAGCCGGAAUCCGAACCUCCGAUAUCCCGAUCGCGCCAUUGAAUAUGUUGGCUUCGAUGUGGAACGGAAGGCUUUCGGCGGCGCGUAUCUCUCUGCUAGAUACGAAUCGCUCAAAGAGGAUACCGACUUCACUUUGCAGCGUUACUUGACUGGCAUCAUUACUCUCAAUCCAGGAGAGGAGGAAAUCAAAGCAAAAGCAAUAAAUCCAGAAGUCAUGCAUAAGGUCAUGCAUGAUCUGGAACUUGAAAGAUUCCUAGACAAGCCAGUCGCUAUGCUCAGCAAUGGACAGAGUCGACGAGCAAGAAUCGGCAAGGCCCUUUUAGCACAGCCGUUGAUGCUAUGCCUGGACGCGCCAUUCAUUGGCUUGGAUCCAAUUGUCACUAAGCACAUUAGCAAAGUGCUUCACAAGCUGGCGGAGGCAAAUGCGCCCCGAAUCGUACUAAGCUUGAGACCACAAGAUGCCAUACCUGAUUGGAUCACACAUAUAGUCUAUGCCGGUGAGGACGGAAAAGUCGACGCUCUGGGUCCGAAAGAAGGAGUAUUUGCACAUUUGAAAAAGCAAUAUGAAGAUAUCGGACUCUCAGGUCAAACUAGCGACGGUAUGGGAGCCAAGCUCCUCGAACUGCGCGAAGUUGGGCGUCAUCUUUCAGAGGGCGGCAACUUUGAGUCUAGCGCCUCAAAUUCUUCGUCGGACUCGUCCCUCGUCAGCCGCGACGGCUAUCACCAGACGGACGAUACCUCUAUUCCUACAGGUGAACCCAUUGUCGAAAUGUCCGGUGUGCGCAUUUCCUACGGCAACAACCCCGUUUUGGGCGAUUGGGAGAACGGUCUCAACCUCAACAUCCACCGCGGUCAACGCUGGGGCAUAUUUGGCGCCAACGGCUCUGGCAAGACAACAUUCCUCUCACUCGUAACGUCAGACCAUCCCCAAACUUACUCUGCGCCCGUCAAACUCUUCGGACGCUCGAGGUUACCUGAGCCAGGCGUACCUGGCAUAACCAUAUUUGAGAUCCAGAGUAAGAUGGGCCAUGCGAGCCCAGAGGUCCAUGCCCUAUUUCCCAAACAUCUCAGAGUGAGGACGGUAUUGGAGAGCGCAUGGAGCGAUACGCCCAUUACCAAGGCCAGACUUGAUUAUGAUGCAACACGACGAGUAGAUGCGUGUUUGAAGUGGUUCGCAAACGAGAUCAACCCAUCUCCAACAAAGACAGACGGGGUAGAAUGGGCAAGUCAGACCCUUUUCGGCGAGAUUUCAUAUUCUGCACAACGUGUUCUCCUCUUUCUGCGAUCCGUAGUUCGCAACCCCGACAUCGUUAUUCUCGACGAAGCAUUCAGUGGCAUGGAUGACUUGGCACGCGACAAGUGCCUCCUAUUUCUAUCUCAGGGACAAACGAUGCAAUUGACGUAUACGGAAUCUGGGCCUAAGCCUGUUCAGUGGGAUGGUGAAGUAUCGGUUCCAGGUCUGCAAGAACAUCAGGCAUUGCUGGUUGUCAGUCAUAGCAAGCAAGAGAUUCCAGGUUGUGUGAGGGAUUGGAUCUGCCUGCCUGAGUCAGGCACGGGGCCACCAAGAAUUGGAAAGUGGGAUGGGCCAGUGGAGUUGGAUGGUAGGAGAUGGAAUGAGAUCUGGGACUUGUAGUACAACGCCCUAGGCUUCUAGAGCGGCCAUGAUUGUUAGCAAUGCCUCCCAUCACCUGUC